AUGUCAACCACUCUACAUAAGAUUCUCAUUCAUAGUGCGAAUGUUAUUAAUAGUUCACUUCUACCAAUAGAACAGCUUUCAGAAGAAGCACAGGAAGCGCGAAAUAAGGAUUGUCGUAGAUAUCGACAGCAUCAUUCAAGAAAGAACUCACGAGAAGCCAUGAAUAGAGACUUACUUACAAUGCUUUUGGUAACUUCUGAUCCAAUUAUAAGUAGCUUAAGAAAUGUGCCUUCAAAAAACUCAAACACAUAUCCUCGUGAAGUUUUAAAUUUAUUAGCAUCACCACCAAUUAAUAUUCAUGUUCCUGAUUAUGAAGAAGAGCUUUAUGAAAAUUACUCCAAAACCGGUAGCGAUAAGAGCGCUUAUAUUGAAUCUGAGUAGGAAUCAUUUAUAAUAUAACCAUGGUGAUGAGUUCCAAAUUAGUUCAUGUGGCUAUCAAAAUUAACUAAUUAUUUCUUUUU